AUGCAAGAACAACAACAACACUCCUAUGUCGAUACAAAAGUAGAUCAAAUCUUUACAGGAGGCAGUUUUGUACGAGUUCACUUCAAAAAUUGUGCUUUCUGUUCUCCGACAAGCUUGGUCGAAUGUUUCCUCGAAAAUUGUUCCAUCUGUGAUGGUUUUAAUGUGAAUUGCAAAUUUGUGGCAUGUGUUUUAUCCAAUUUGAAUUUAAAUCACUGCACUCUUGAAAGAUGUUCAGUUUCCACGGUGACUUGUUCAUCCUCGCAACUCAAAGAUUGCACCACUUCUGGAGGAUUGUUUGCAUCGUCUGAUUUUUCUGGUUGCACCAUGGUCCAUUCGAUUUGUUCGUUUUGUUAUAUGGAUCCACAUACGAGAGCGAAUAUUGCAUGCACGAUUAAUGAUCCUCGUUUUGAACCAAUGUCUCUUGCCAUCAAGGCAAAUUCUGAUGAGCAUUCCGAAACAAACAAUCAAGAACCCAGAUUAAAGUGA